UUAAAACUCUAAUUGUCGUUCAAAUUUUUAUUAAAAUGGGUGUAUUAAAAAAUCUGCAUGGUAUGACGAGAAGUGAACAAAAAGAAUUUUUUGAUUCUUUUGAUCAAGUUUUAUUUGAAAUAAAAGAUUCCAUAGAUGGCAAAGUAAAUAUUUUACCAGACAAACUUAGCACAAUUAAGUACUUUGGAAAAAUUAAGAAGGAUGUAAGAUAUUUAACAGAUAACAGUGGAAGCAAGACGGAAACAGUAGUAGACUAUUUACAUCAACAAAAUAUUGUGACUCAAAGAGAAGAUGUAUUUAGACCUAUAGAGUCAGUUAUUGCUUAUUUCAAAAAUAAAGGUUUUAAAAAGGAAAUAUUUGUUAUUGGUUCCAGCUUACUAAAAGAAGAAUUGGAGCAUGCUGGUUUUGAUUUAGCGGAAGAAGUUCCUAAGGAGAUAGGAAAAAAUUUUCGUGGUGUUUUUGUAAACAACAAAGAUAACAGCAAUGUGGGGGCUGUAAUAUUAGAUCACAAUUUUAAUCUAAGUUUCAUUAUGCUGCAAAAAGCAUUCUGGUGUUUAGGGUCACCCGAUUGUGAACUUAUCACUAUAAAUCCUGAGAAGGAAAUUGUCACGGAGCAAGGAAAUAUUUUAGGAAUAUACUACUUUGUGAAAACCUUAAAGGAUAUUACAAAAAAAUUAGAAGUUAACCUUGGUCAGUAUUCACAACAUUAUCACGAAGCUCUGGCAAAAAAAUUUCAGAUAUCCGAUCCCAAACGAAUUCUCUAUAUAAGGGAGCUAGAUACAAAAUAUAAAGAGAUAGAAAUCGAAGAAAACUUUCAAGAGAUUCUGAUAUUAAAUGGUACUGACGAACAAAGAGAGGAUGAAUUGAAGAAGCACAUGAAUAGCAAUUGUAAAUAUUUUGUAGAAAAUUGGGAUAGUUUAAAUAAAAUAUUACGAGACGUGUACUAAAUAUAUGUAUAUAUGAACACAUAAAAAAUAAAUGAUACCUAUUUGCGAUA